UUAAAUUUCGCAUAAAAUCUUUUCAAGAAUGUCUAGUUUUUUACCUUGUUGCAUGAUUUUAGAUACCACUGGAAUAUCUCUUGAAAAUCCCUGAAAAAGGGAAAUAUUAAAAAAAAUAAUAACAAUGCAUUACUUUUAGAAGCAACAUUGUAUGAAAGUGAUAAAGCGAAAAUAAAUAAAAACGGAUUUAAAUUGUGUGCAAAUGUUGACAUGGUGGAGCAAAAUGGAGACGAAGAAUAUCGUUGUUGGAGACAAGUUCCGUUUUCAUUAGUUUCGUUGCCAUUAAAAGGUGUGGACGUGUGAAGUUAGUUCGCUCUGCACUGAUACAUUUUCCAGCGCAAAAUAUCGGGACAGGGCAAUAGCAUUUCUUGUCCGCUGCGUGCCUUGCGAGAUUUACAUCAACUCAUAAAGUGGAUAAUAAACGAAACAAAAAAUUCCCUUAAGAAAGAACGCUAGAAAACGUGAUUUGUGAGUGUGUAAUCUGAAUAUAGCUAAAUAAAUACGGAGGCGAUGUCCGAAACGGGGUCGCCGGGCAAAACUCAGAAAGGUGGCCAGCAGCAGCGUCGCCAAUUGCGCGAACGUAAGCAACGGAAGCUGUAUCUCGAAGAAUGGGCACUUGGUGAUGAUGAUUUGGAGGGAACACGAGGGUUCAGCGUCUCAGAAAAAUUGGAAUCUUCUAAGUUUGCUCAAACUGGUAUGGUUCGAGAGAUGCGUGGCAGUGAUUUGAGUGUGGCUUUUCUUCAACAAUAUGGCUUUAAUAUUCCAUUGUUGUUUCGUGAAAAGACUGGUUUAGGACUGCGGAUGCCCGACUCUAACGAAUUUACCAUAAACGACGUACGUCUGUGCGUUGGUUCCCGUCGUGUUUUGGACGUGAUGGAUGUGAACACUCAGAAGAACUUACAAAUGACAAUGAAAGAGUGGCAACAGUAUUAUGACAAUCCACAAAAGGAUCGACUCCUUAAUGUAAUUUCCCUAGAAUUUUCUCAUACGCGCUUAGACAAUUAUGUACAAUGUCCAGAAAUUGUUCGUCAAAUCGAUUGGGUGGACGUUGUAUGGCCUAAACGUCUCAAGGAUUCACAAAGAGAAGGUACCAAUGUGUUGGGCGAAAUGAUGUACCCAAAAGUACAAAAGUACUGUCUUAUGUCAGUGAAAAAUUGUUAUACUGAUUUUCAUAUUGACUUUGGCGGUACUUCGGUUUGGUACCAUAUUUUAAAGGGUAGUAAAGUGUUUUGGCUAAUACCACCAACAGAAAAAAACUUACAAUUAUAUGAGAAGUGGGUAUUAUCCGGAAAGCAGGCGGACGUUUUCUUUGGCGAUACAGUGGAAAAAUGUGCUCGAGUAUACUUAACAGCUGGGAACACUUUCUUUAUACCCACUGGUUGGAUACAUGCUGUAUACACGCCAACAGACACACUGGUGUUUGGCGGUAACUUCUUACAUUCCUUUGGUAUAGUUAAGCAGCUUAAGACCGCGCAGGUGGAAGAUGCUACCAAAGUACCGCAGAAAUUCCGAUAUCCUUUCUUCACCGAAAUGCUGUGGUAUGUCCUAGCACGAUACGUAUAUACACUACUGGGCCACUCGCAUUUGGAGGGUGAAUCUUCAGUAAGUGAGGAGGAAAUGUCUAAACGAGGACAUGUGCACCUCACACACUAUGAACUUUUUGGUCUUAAAGAGAUUGUCAUGUAUCUGUAUGAUUUGCCACCCCAAAAGAAAAAUGUACCCGAAUUGGUACGUGAUCCAGUGGCAUUGAUCAAAGAUGUACGCACGUUGGUAGAGCGACACUGCAAGGACAAGCCUGAGCUGGCCAUAACGGGUGAAUCUGUGUUGAAACCGCCCGGUCAGAUGCACCCUACGUUUCAGGUCUACGAUCGUACGGUUGUAAAGCAGGAAAUCAAAGCGGAAAUCGCACGUAAAAAUGCUGAAAUCAUACGCGAACAACAGCAGUUAGAUGCAGCGAAUGCCGCAAAUGUCGCCGAAAAUAUUUCGCUCGACCAUGAUAUACAAAAUAAAGAAGAUACUAAUUCAAAAACGAAUAUUGUUGCCAUAACAAAUGUGGCUGAUAAAGGUGGUGUCUUCGUAAAGGAAUAUAAAAAUGAGCCUAUAGAGAACGGUGGCCUACAGACGGCUACAUUCAUUUCACCCCCGGAUAGUCUUAAGUAUCGCCCUCCGAAGAAGAUGCACCUCGCAAAUGCUGUUGCUGCAGCGGCACAUCAGGCCAACAACACUGUCAGUGUUAUUGCAUCUUGCUCAAGUUAUAAUUCAGCUUCAACGGCAACAACGACUAUUUCAACUGGAACAACGGUUGCUGCAUCCAAUCAAACACAAAACAAUUCACACGCACAGCCACUUACGCAUAACACAAAUGCCGUUAACACUACUGAAAACUCUUGUCUCUCGCCAAACGAUUCAAAGUUGUCGCCAAAUGUUACCGGUACUGGUCAACCGCGUCGACGGCGAACGCGCUGUAAAGUCUGCGCAGCUUGCCAGCGUUCCGACUGUGGGGAAUGCAGUUUCUGUUUGGAUAUGGUGAAAUUCGGUGGACCUGGACGCGCUAAGCAAACUUGUAUGAUGCGUCAGUGUCUCUCCCCCAUGUUGCCGGUGACAGCACAGUGCUUCGUAUGUCAUUUGGACGGCUGGCGCCAAGUACCCGUGUCCCCUCAAACUAAGCAGCUGGCUUCACUCGAGGGACCUUCGACGCUAAUGGAGUGUUCGGUGUGUUAUGAAAUUGCGCAUUCUGACUGCGCGAGGUCGUUAUUGGACGGCACCGAAGAUUCCGCAGACGCUAAAGGUGUAGUAAAUGAAGACCUACCAAACAGUUGGGAAUGCCCAAGUUGUUGUCGAUCUGGAAAAAAUAAUGACUAUAAGCCCCGUCACUUCCGUGCCCGCCAAAAGUCUUCGGAGGUACGACGCACAUCAGUUGGUGGGUCAAAUAUUAUUACAGCCGGUCACGAUCACGACAGCAACCAAUUGCCACCGCCGAUUGGGCAGUACAAUGACUUCGUUUUCACAAGCGAAUCGGAAAUGGAAAGCUGCUCUACCAAUGCUGUACACUGGAAGCAUGUUGCGAAGCGUCAUCAUCAUCAAAUUGAAGUAAAGACAGAACGCCAUUAUGAUACCUCUUCGCCAGGUAUCUCGCCCCAUGCAGCUAGCGAUCGCAUUAAGAGACGUAAGAGUGACGAUGGCUUAAGCUUAUGUAGCAGCAUGCAGGACAGUAUUGAUGCGGGUGCUUCCAUGGAUUGUCAUGUGGGCGUUGGAAAUGGUGGUAUUGUUAGCGGCAGUAAUGGUACACAAAUGUUACGAAAGAAGAAUUCAAUACGAUCACAGUUGGCUCAACAAAUGCUCAACUCUUCAACGCGAGUUCUCAAAAAGCCACAUUAUGUAGUACGACCAGCUGGACAUAUAUCAACCAGUGGUAGCGGCUUGUCAGGCAAUCAUAUUGGAGGCGCAAAUCUAGCGCUCGAUCCAACAUUGUUGAAAAUCAUGUUUCGCUACCUACCCCAAGAAACGCUAGUCACAUGCUCUUCGGUCUGUAAGGUGUGGUCGAAUGUGUCUGUGGAUCCUGAUCUCUGGAAGACAAUGAACUGUGCAGAGAAUAAAUUAUCUGCUUCACUGUUGACAGCUAUCGUUCGCCGACAGCCAGAGCACUUAAUACUCGACUGGACACAGAUAGCCAAAAGGCAAUUGGCUUGGGUGAUUGCACGCCUGCCUGCUCUUAAACACUUGUCGCUACAAAAUUGUCCCAUUCAGGCAGUGCCUGCACUACACACUUGUCUUUGCCCGCCAUUACAAAUAUUAGAUCUCAGCUUUGUGCGUGGUCUCAAUGAUGCCGCCAUACGCGAUAUACUGUCACCGCCCAAGGAUUCGCGACCUGGUCUGGCAGAUUCAAAAACGCGUUUACGUGAUCUUAAAACUCUCAAACUGGCCGGUACCGAUAUAACCGAUGUGGCAUUGCGCUAUAUAACGCAAGCAUUGCCGAAUCUGGUUCACCUCGAUCUUUCAUCAUGUCAGCGCAUAACCGAUGCAGGUGUGGCACAAAUUGGCACAUCGCCGACUGCCAUAGGUAAAUUGGUCGAAUUGAAUUUAAGCGCGUGUCGAUUGGUCUCCGAGUUUUCUUUGGAACACCUAGCUAAAUGCGAGCAAUUGAUUUGGUUGGACCUGCGACACGUGCCGUUGGUGCCAACGCAGGCGGUGAUAAAAUUUGCAGCCGAAUCUAAACACGAUCUCUGCGUGAAGGAUAUAAAAUUGGUGGAGAAACGGCGACCACAGAAAGCGACACAGGUGACAACGUCCUCAAGCUUAGGCGGAAUGGGUUCAGUGAGCAGUUGGAAUGACUAAAAAUAUUAAGUAGGAAUAAAACCAAAAACUUAGUUGGAUAGUUAAUAAUCGAAAUUAGAUUUCGAUAAAGUAUUGAAAUGCAUAAAAUUAUUAUUAAAGUGCAGUACAAAACAAAAAAAAAAAAAUGUACGCAUGCAGCAAAGCUGGAAAACAUUUCUUACUACGCUAUGCGUAUUUGUGUAGGUAUAAUACAGAGCUAGCAGAAGCAUGUAUAAACUAAUCGGUACACUAUAAAUGAAAUAUUAAACUUAACUCACAAUUUUAAAGUAUUUGAAGAAAUAACGCAUUAAACCAGUUAUAGAAUAUAACAAUAAUGGAAACACAACAUAAAUUUUAAAAUUGUAUAUAAUUUGCAAAUGCGUUGUAAGUGUUAACUGUAUCUUUUGUAACCAUAACUACAAUACCAUUUAAUAAUUGUGCAGUAUUGACUGUUCUUGAUCGUACUAUACAUAAAUAAAGUUCAUUGCGAAUGUGAAGAAAUCUAAUCUAA